AUGGAUGGCAAUGAGAGUAGGCAUCACGCUGUCCCCGACGACUCAAAAGCCCCUCUGCUUCCAAUAUCUGAUUCAAUCACCGUCAAGUCAUCCCACAGCCUCAAUUCAUGUAUUCAAUCCGUCUUCACCCUCCAAAACUUCUUCAUUCUUUUAGGCCCCUUACUGUGCGCCGUUAUUUGCCUGUGCGUAAAAUUUGAUGGUCCGGGGAGUAGUGGGACCGCCACCGCCGCCACCAGCCGGAACAUGUUGGGUGUUCUGGCGUGGAUGUUCGCUUGGUGGCUCACGGAGGCCGUUCCGAUGCCCAUCACUUCCAUGUCGCCCCUCUUUCUCUUUCCCCUCUUCGGGAUUGCUUCCUGCGACGAUGUUGCGGAAGCUUAUAUGGAUGAUGUGAUUUCCCUCGUCCUUGGAAGUUUCAUACUUGCUCUGGCUGUUGAGCACUAUAACAUACAUAGAAGAUUGGCCUUGAACCUUCCGAUUCUGCUCAAAGAUCGUUUCUUUCAAUUUUUAUUUAUGAUUACAAGUCUAAAGUUUCAUCUGAUCUACUGUGCAGGUCCAAUGGCUUUUGCUGAAAAGAUGGUUCUAGCCGUGUUUUCUAUAUUGAUACUGUUAUGGAUGACGAGAAGCAUCACAGAUGAUACUCCCGGAUGGGGCGCUCUAUUCAAGGGGCGCGCUGGUGAUGGAACUGUUAGUGUGAUGAUGGCAACCCUGUUGUUCAUAAUUCCAAACAAGAAGCAGAAGGGAGAGAGAUUAAUGGACUGGAACAAAUGCAAGAAGCUGCCAUGGAACAUCGUACUACUCUUAGGGGCAGGCUUUGCAAUAGCUAAUGGAGUGAGGUCAAGCGGGCUGGCAGACAUCUUAUCCAAGGCUCUGGAUUUCUUGGAGGCUGCCCCAUACUUGGCCAUUGCUCCAAUUGUUUGCCUGAUUAGUGGGACAAUCACCGAAUUCACAUCUAAUAAUGCCACCACAACCCUUGUAGUCCCACUCCUGAUCCAAAUUGCAAAGACGAUGCAUUUGCACCCACUCCUCCUCAUGGUGCCAGGUGCCAUUGGGGCACAGUUUGCUUUCUUGCUCCCAACAGGAACUCCUUCAAACAUUGUGGGUUUUACAACCGGACAUAUUGAGAUUCCGGACAUGAUCAAGACCGGAUUGCCCCUCAAGAUUGCUGGCACUUUAGCGCUGUCUAUUUUGAUGCCUACUCUUGGUACUCUUGUAUUUGGAACGGACAAAGAAGUUGUACACAUGACAAACGGUCCCUUCCUGCACAGGCAUCGAAUUUGAGCACUCAGCCAUUAUGGUUGUUGUUUAUUCAUUAAGCAAGCUUUACUUUCUAUUAGACGCGAGCUUAGAAUUUUUUAUUUUAUUUUUUUUUUUUGGGGGUUUUCUUUUUCGUCCUCAUCCAUUCUGUAUUUAUUUGUAAGAUUCUAUUGUGGGGUCAAUAACUUCGUAGGGCUAAGGAAAUAGUCAUGUACUACUAAUGAAUAGAGAAUGCUGCUGCAUUUUCAGCUAGUUUUCAAUGGAAGCUUGUGAGUUUCGUAUGAUUUUCAA